CAUUCUUCCGUUAUACCAUCACUCGUAUUCAUCUCAUCUUUCAACUCCCUUAUUUUGCCCUCUUGCAUGUGGCUUAUCUUCUUCAGUCCUUCCACUCAUUUUCAUUCUUUUCUUUUCUUUUGUGGUCGUUCCUCCCCUUCAACAAAAGUUGUUGCUUUGAGAUAUCCCUAAAUUUUGGACAACAUUUAUAUCUACAAACUUGCGCUGAUGGUUCCCACCACUUUCCCAUACAACUCGGAACUUCAACCAUGGAGCCAGACAACACCAAGCUGCAACCAGACGUCGUUGAGACCAGACAUGGAAGUUCGACACCACCUUUGCACAUGAACAACACUGCCGAACCGGAAGCGGACAUCUUCCACGGCCACCGCCGCCUUGUUGACUGGGUUCUUGCCAACAACGGCUAUUUCCAUCCUCAUGCACAAAUUGCGUUUAGUAGGCGCAAGGGCUUUCAUGCUGUGGUUGCUAACGGAGAACAUGUCUCUGCUGGGACACGGGUCGCAAGUUGUCCCAUAUCGACCACCAUAUCGGUUCUCAAUGCUCUUGAAAUUCACCCAUUCCAGAGUCACGGUACUCGUUUCCCAGAAGGCUUUCUCCGCAGGCAGCGGAAGAAUCCCGAGUCUUUACAGACUUUCUUCUUGAUGGAGCAGCUUGUCCUUGGCGAACAGUCGUGGUGGGCGCCCUACAUAGCCACCUUGCCCACUGUGCAAGAGGUUAUGGAUCAGCAGUUCGACGAGGAAAAAGACCUGAUCUGGCUGCAAGGCACCAAUCUUCCAGGAGGAAUAUCUGAGAGGAUUUCGAAGUGGAAGGAGAUGUACCUGUGUGGACUUGAUGAACUGAAGGAGUUACAGUGGCAAAAUGCCCUCACAGGCGAGUACACGUGGCCGAGAUUCCUAUGGGCAGCAACCAUAUUCGGUAGCCGUUCUUUCACUUCUCAAGUCCUGGACGACACUGAACCGGCAGAGCAGGCUCGCCACAGCUAUCGUGAGAGUGGGACUGAAAGUGACCCCAACGGGCUCGUACACUUGUUCUCUCAGCGAUUCGCUGUUCUUCUUCCAUUGAUGGACUUGUUGAAUCACAAACCAGGAGCGCAGGUCGAAUGGCAAGCUCGGUUCAACUUCGUCGGUCUUCAACUUUUGGAGAGUUACGAGUCCGAACAAGAGCUCUACAACAACUAUGGCCCUCGAGAGAAUGAAGGUUUGCUGCUGGCGUACGGCUUCACGGUCCCAGAUAAUCCGUUUGAUCAUCUGGUAAUCAGCAUCAGAACUCCUCCAGGCUCACCACUGGCACUUACGCAUACUUGGCAACAAGAUCCUAGAUCUGAUCCAGAGCGGAGAUGCUAUAUUUUUGAUUGCCAUCAUCCUCGAUCAACAUCUGCGACAUUGCUCGAGACAUCUUUGUUUUCCUUUGACCUUCUGGACAGCAUUUCAGUGCUUUGCGCAAACGAGCGGGAACUUCAGAUGAUGCUGUACGGGAAGCAGACCCUGAUGAGCUAUUGUCUCGGCGACAAGCCAAAGUUCGAAGACGGCCGCAUAGUCCUGGCGACGAUUAGCCAAUUACUCAUGGACUGCUCUGAGAGGGCAUCAAGACUCAGGGCGACUGACCCUUCUCGAUUUGAACCUCCUCUGCUACCUGAGAAUCUCAAACAGCAGAAUGCAAAGACAUACCGAGACAGCCAACUGAACAUCGUGGAGACGGCAAUAGCAAUUUGCAAGUUCGUGCUCAUAUUUGCUACAAACGAAGACUCCAGGGAGAUGAUCCAGAAUAAAUUGCAGCGAGAGUUAUCAGAUCGAGUUUUCACCAAUUUGCACCAACUUCUCGAACGUCACCAAAGUCAAUUGACUCACUCAUUUGAGCUCUUAACGCCGUCUGGCAUCCUCGACAUGCUUUCGCCCGAGUUGUCGACAUCUUUGCAAAAUUGUAUAUCCCGCAUCAAAACCAACCAUGAGAUUGCAGCAGGAGGAGGAGAAAUGUCACAAAUGAACGUCGACAAGGUUCAUCACACAGUGAUUCUUGCCGCCCUUUACGAGGAAUACUUGCAUGGUGUGAAGUUGCCACGCAGAAUAACCCAAUGGCUGAAACAAUUGGCAGAAUGGUAUCCUCUGGAUUCCGAAUCGUGGGCAUAUGUCCCUGGACCGGGACCUUGGGAUCCAGGUGAAGAACCCCCUUCCGGGCUCAUGGAUUUGCUGGCUGCUAGAGCUGCUAUGUCGCCUACAUUUCCUGCUGAAUCCAACGUCAAGAGAUGGAUGAAGCCGGAGAAACUCUGCUGGGGUUGGAACGUGAUCGAGGAACAAAAUGUCAGAGUCCCGGCAAGCAUCUUGGGACAGGCUGAGACGGAGAAUUCUGGCCAGAGCGAGGGGAGGAUAUUGAUCUAUUGGCAAAAAUACUAGAACCAGAUGGAAUGAUAUGAAAAGCGAUACUUAGACUUGAAGUAUUUCCACGAUGCCUUUGUCCC